GACCGGUUUAACAAAGUCGAAUUUAUCGAGUCUUGUUCUAAGGCUUCUAGCAAGCAGUUCAGUUCGUUACUCGACAAGAAAGCCCGAAAUGAGCAUCGUGAGUUUCGCCUCUCCGCAGUACAUUUACCGCGUCGGAUUUGCUUCUCAAACUUCAUCAAAUCUCUCGAGAAUCUUCACCAGCUACGCAUUCUUCGCCCGCCAUCGAAGAAGAUUUAAUGCAGUUUCGCUCUCUCUAACUCCAAAGUCGGAUGAAGAGCUGCUGGUGGUGGUGGGUGGCGGAGCUGCCGGAAUGUACGGUGCAAUUAACGCCAAGACGGUUGCGCCGAAUCUUAAAGUCGUUGUAAUUGAGAAAGGGAAGCCCUUAUCCAAGGUGAAAAUUUCUGGAGGAGGCCGCUGUAACGUGACAAAUGGGCAUUAUGCUGAUCAUAUGCUUUUGGCAGACAACUAUCCAAGGGGCAACAAGGAACUGAGAGGCUCAUUUUUCACUGUCCAUGGUCCAAUGGAUACUAUGUCUUGGUUCUCCAACAAUGGAGUGGAGCUGAAAAUUGAGGAAGAUGGAAGGGUAUUUCCAGUAAGCAAUAGUUCGUCUUCCAUUAUUGAUUGCCUCAUGUCUGAAGCAAAGAAGAGGGGAGUCUCAGUGCAGACUGGAAAAACUGUCACAAGUGUAUCUCACAUUACUGGUGGGAAGUUCACUGUCAAGCUAGAGAAACGUUCUAUUGACCAUGUUGAGUAUGUGGAAGCAGACUAUCUAUUGAUUGCUAGUGGUAGUAGUCAGCAGGGUUAUGAUCUUGCCACUCAACUUGGCCAUUCUAUCAUAAAACCUGUUCCCAGCUUAUUCACUUUCAAGAUUGAUGAUUUGCAGUUACUAGAGUUAUCUGGGGUCACAUUUCCUAAAGUGAAAGCAAAACUGAAGUUAGAAUCCCUUCAGAAGAAUGUCCCACAGCUUACACAGGUUGGUCCCAUGUUAGUGACACAUUGGGGACUUAGUGGACCGGUGAUUCUUCGGUUAUCUGCUUGGGGAGCACGUUAUCUUGCAAGUUCAGAUUAUAAGGGAACACUGUUGGUGGAUUUUGCUCCUGAUCAUCAUAUUGAUGAUUUGAAGUCUGUACUCAUUAAGCACAAGAAUCAGUUUGCGAGACAAAAGUUGCUCAACUCUUGUCCAAUGGAGCUUGGUCUUGUCAAGAGAUUUUGGAAGUAUAUAUUAGACCGUGAGGGACUAGAUGGAGAUAUCUUUUGGUCUUCCAUUUCCAACAAUUUGGUGAUGUCCAUUGUGUUUACUUUAAAGCAUUGUUCCUUUACUGUGAAGGGAAAGGGACAAUUUAAGGAUGAAUUUGUCACCGCUGGAGGAGUUCCAUUGUCGGAGAUUUACUUGAAUACAAUGCAAAGCAGGAUCCAUCCAUGUCUAUAUUUUGCUGGAGAGGUACUAAAUGUUGAUGGUAUAACUGGAGGGUUUAAUUUUCAGAAUGCUUGGUCAGGUGGAUAUAUUGCAGGAACAAGCAUUGGCAACCAAUCUAUAGCCAAUAUAGAAGGAAAAUAUGUUUGUGAAAGCAUGCUUUGUGACAAGAGUUAAGGACAAUAUUGCCUUAGUCUCAUAUGAUUCAGUUAAACUCCCAUCCCUUUGCUUUGCUUUCAAAACCAGGUCGAUGUAAAUCACGGUGACUCAGUGGCUCAGCAGACAGGGUCAAAUGCCGGUGCGCACAAGGGAUCUACCCACUUUGAACAUAAUCCCCAUACUGCCGCCGCAAAAGUUCGAACAUUGGUCUCUUCUCUCAAAUACUGCCUACUGAACCAUUGACCUAAGCACAUGCGGGCCACGCUAUUUUUUAUUCAAUACCUAGGUGGAAGUUUUGUACACGAAAUUGCUGUGAAUGUUUCGUUUUCCUAGACAAUCAAUUAUCAUACAUUUAGAGUUGUAAGUGGGAUUUGUUGCAUUUUCUUGACAUCGACUUUGUAUGUUCUGUUAUGUCUUAUUAUGUGCUGAUUAAGUUGCAUGACCAAUCAGAUUAAGGGCGUUGCUGACUUUGCUUUGUGGCAAUCCCUGUCGACGAUCAAUCAGUAUAGCAUAAUGAAAACUUUAUGUGAAUUAACAGGAAAUGGGAUUACAUUUUAUAUUCUUCUCACUUUAUGUGUCAUACCCAUUUCCCAUUGGCCGUGUACGAGUAAUAAAUUACUAAAGCAACACUAUUAACGUAAGAAAAAGUUGGAUUUGUUUAGUGAUGCUUGCAAAUCGGACUACUUGUGUUGUA